UUUUCAUCAGUAAACAUGAAGAACAUUCUACGGUGGAAUUCACCAGAGGGUCUAGGAGAAGCUGGAGUUGUUUAUACUGUGCAGUAUCUUAUAUAUGGCCAAAAGAAAUGGCUGAAUAAAUCAGAAUGCAGAAAUAUGAACAUAACCUCCUGCGACCUUUCCUGUGAAACCUUUGACUAUGAAGAACAAUACUAUGGGAGAGUUAAGGCCAUCUGGGGGAAAGACUGUUCCAAAUGGGUAGAAACAGAACGUUUUAAUCCAUGGUCAGAAACGCAAAUUGCACCCCCAGUGGUUGCAUUGACUCCUGGUGAGAAAUCCAUAUCAGUCAUUCUGACAGCCCCUGAGAAGUGGAAGAUAAAUCCAGAAGACCCUUCUGUAUCCAUGCACCAAAUCUACCCCAGUCUGAAAUAUAAUGUAUCAAUCUACAAUACAAAAGCAAACAAAAAGUGGUACAAAUUUGUAACAAAUCAUACAUUGGAGCUUCCCCAGCUGGAGUCGGAUACUCUCUAUUGUGUCAGUGUGCAAUCCUAUGUCCCGGGACCACUUCGAAAUUCUAUGCCUUCAGAAAAGCAGUGCAUCACUACCUUGAAAGAUCAAACUUCAGAGCUGAAAGUAAAAAUCAUCCUUUGUUAUGUUUUGCCCAUUUCUGUUACAGCCUUUAUUUUUUUAGUAAUAGGCUAUUCUAUGUACAGAUAUAUACAUGUUGGCAAGGAGAAACAACCAACUAACUUGGUAUUGAUUUAUGGAACUGGAUAUGACCAAAGACUUUUUGCACCAGCUGAAAAAAUAGUAGUUAACUUUAUUACCCUUAGUAUUGUGGAAGAUGCCAAAACAUCCUCAAAGGAUAUGAAUGGAAUGGGGGGAAACAGUGAUAUUUCUGACCCAAACACUGUUAAGAAUAUGCAGGGCAAGAGCCAUCAGGAGGAAUCUGAAGUGGAGCACUUGGGUUAUGCUUCAAAGGCAAUGGGCAUUUUUUGUGACAAUGAAGAAACUUUACACUGCCUUUCAACAGUUCAACAAGGAUUACUUUGUGCUUCAAAAACAAAAAAUGAAUCCAUCAUAGAAUAUGAGUUUGAUGUGAGACCUGGGGACAUCGGGAUAGAUCAUCAUGAUCAGGAAAUUCACUUGCAGGAUGGAGUACCCUUUCAGGGCAAAGUAAUGUUUGAGUCUGAGGCUGCUUUAGCAGAUUUUGGCCAAGAAGCCCUACUUGGUUCAUACAAUCCACAACUAAGAAAUCUCCAACAGAGAACACAGGAAAACAUAAAGACAAAGAAGGAACAAGAGGAAGAUGAGGAGUCAAGGAUACUCGUAGACUGGGAUCCACAAACAGGGAGACUAUGUAUACCAUCUCUAUCUGAUUGUGAACAUGUGGUAGAUGAGAAAGGAAGUGAACAUUCUGAAUAUAAUGAGUACCCAAAUGAGGGAUUUUUGUCAAAACUCUAUGAUGCUCAGGUACCCCACAAAUCUCCCCAAGGAAAUGAAACCUAUCUCAUGCAAUUCAUGGAAGAAUGGGGACUACACAUCCAAAUGGAAGACUAG